GCACGGCGAAGACAACGACGUGUCCUCCACCUCUGACGAGUGCGAGACAACAGUGGUCGUGUGUUGUCGUCGACCUCUCCAAGUCUCCAGAACAUGUCGUGGGUUUGGGUGCAGCGUGGCAGGCUGACGGCCCUGGAGAACAAGGUGAGGGUGUUGGAGCGUGAAAACACUCAGCUGUCCAAUGAGAAGAAUCACCUGGAGAUACAAUUGGAGGAGAUGUCCGAUGAGAAGGAUGACCUGGAGAUACAAGUGCAGGAAUUGGAAAAUGAGAAGGGUAAACUGGAGAAGCGAUUGGGGGAGGCAACAAAGAUGACUCAGGUGUUCUCAAGUCAAGUCUUCACACUGGAGUACAUGGUGCGGGAGUUGGAGCGUAAAAACAUCCAACUGUCCGGUGAGAAGGGUAAACUGGAGAAGCAAUUGGAGGAGACAACAAAGGCGACUCAGCUGUUCUCAAGCCAGGUCUCCACACUGGAGUACGGGGUGCAAGAGUUGAAGCAUAAAAACACAGAGUUGUCCGGUGAAAAGGGUAAACUAGAGAAGCAAUUGGAGGAUACAAGGAAAGCAGGUCUGUUAUUCAUGAACGCGGCCGAUGAGUACCAGGAAGUAGUAGAGAAGCAAAUCAAGGCAAAGGUGGAUGAAUUGAAGGUGCUGGGGGCCCAGAAAGCAGAGAUGGAUGCAAGGGUAACAUCUUUGGAGUCGGAGCUCCAGGCAGCUAUGGCUAAAAAAGGAGAAUUGGAGCAUAAAAACACAAAGUUGUCUAGUGAGAAGGGUAAACUGGAGAAGCAAUUGGAUGAUACAAGGAAAGCGGGUCUGCUAAUCAUGAACGCGGCUGAUGAGUACCAGGAAGUAGUAGAGAAGCAAAUCAAGGCAAAGGUAGAGGAAUUGAAAGUGCUGGGGGCCCAGAAGGCGGAGAUGGAUGCAAAGGCAAUAUCUUUGGAGUUAGAGCUCCAGGCAACUAUGGCUAAGAAAGGGGAAUUGGAGGCCGAUGUCAUGGUGAGGAAGAGGGAAUAUGAGCUGCUGGAGGGGGGAAAUGAUAAGCUUCGAUCGGAGAUUUUGAUUGUAGAGAAGAAACAUAACAUGUUUGAAGCAGAGGUUAAGAGACUCAAGAUGGAAUUAUGUGUAUUAGCGGAGGCGAAGGAGGUAGCUGUGAAUGCAUUUGAUGCUGAGAAGGCAAAAAUCAUGAAGGAAUCGGAGGAUCUUAAGAGGAAUGUAGAGGAAAUCCAUGCUAACAAGGAUUUGGUGGAGGCUGAAAAUGAUAAGCUUCGGUCGAAGGUUUUGACUAUGGAGCAAAAACAUAGCAUGUUUGAAGCAGAGGUUAAGAGGCUCGAGAUGGAAUUGGGUGCAUUGGCGGAGGCGAAGGAGGUAGUUGCAAUGGCAUUUGAUGCUGAGAAGGCAGAAAUCAUGAAGGAAAUGAAGGAUCUUAAGAGGAAGGUGGAGGAAAUCCAAGCCAACAAGGAUUUGGUGGAGAGUGAAAAUGAUAAGCUUCUAUUGAGGGUUUUGACUGCUGAGAAAAAACAUAGAUUGUAUGAAGCAGAGGUUAAAAGGCUCCAGAUGGAAUUGGGUGCAUUGGAGGAGGUGAAGGAGGCAGCUGUGAAGGCGUUUGAUGCUGAGAAGGUAGAAAUCAUAAAGGAAUUGGAAGAUCAUAAGAGGAAGGUGGAGGAAAUCCUGGCCAGCAAGGAUUUGCUGCAAGGUGAAUAUGAUAAGCUUCGAUCGGAGCUUUUGACUGUAGAGCAGAAACAUAUCCUAUGUGAAGUUGAGGUUAAGAGGCUCCAGAUGGAAUUGGGUGCAUUGGCGGAGGCGAAGGAGGCAGAUGCGAAUGCAUUUUAUGCUGAGAAGGCAAAAAUCAUGAAGGAAUCAGAGGACCUUAAGAGGAAUGUGGAGGAAAUCCAAACCAACAAGGAGGCGACUGAGGAAGUAGGGCGCGACAAGGAUGCUCAGGCCGAUAGGCUGAGGGCUGAGUUGGAGGAGCUCUGUGUUUCAAUGUCGCAACUACAAGUAUCCUAUGAUGAACUUGAGGCCAAGAGUUCGCACCUACAUGAUGAGAAUAAUUCGGUCCAGAAAGCACUAGAUGCUGAAAAGGUUAAAGCAUGCAAGCUGAAGUCAAAAAUUGAGGCACUUGAGAACUACAAUGCUGAAAAGGAUGAUGAGAUUGGGAAAUUUAAGGUGGCAUUUGAGGAAAAGAAUGGGGAGAUUGAUGUCCUCAGCAAGGACAUUGAGUUGCUACAUCUCGCAGUGGCUGAGGCGCAAAGGAAGAAAAAGUGUAACAUUUGGGAUAAUUUACCAUCAUCUAGGACAUGCUUAUCAUCGUGCAUCUCGAAAUGA